GGAGCAGCGGCCGCCGCCGCCGCCGCCGCCGCGGUGGUGAUUUACCGGGAGCCCAUGUACAACUGGCAGGCCACCAAGACGACGGUGAAGGAGCGCUUCGCCUUCCUGUUCAACAACGAGAUCCUGAGCGACGUGCACUUCCUGGUGGGCAAGGGGAUGGGGACGCAGCGGAUCCCCGCUCACCGCUUCGUGCUGGCCGUCGGCAGCGCCGUCUUCGACGCCAUGUUCAACGGCGGCAUGGCCACCACCUCCACCGAGAUCGAGCUGCCCGACGUGGAGCCCGCCGCCUUCCUCGCCCUCCUCAAAUUCCUUUAUUCUGACGAAGUCCAGAUUGGACCAGAAACUGUUAUGACUACACUGUACACUGCUAAAAAGUAUGCAGUACCUGCCCUUGAAGCACACUGUGUGGAGUUCUUGAAGAAGAACCUCCGAGCAGACAAUGCGUUUAUGCUUCUUACACAGGUACGUUGGAACAUUCAUGUCGUGCAUGAUAUCUGUCUGCAGAAGAAACUGAGAAAGAUGAGGCACAGAGCUAUGUGUGGUAAUACCUGCGUAAGGUCAGGCGAAGCAGUCGUGGGACAGCCGUCUGGAUGCCAGGGUUCAGUUUCUGUAUGGCCACGGAACAGGGAGGAUCAAGAGAAAACACUAAACUGGGACGAGGAAUUUAAGGAAGGAGACCAAGUUGGAGAGGGAGAGGCAAGACUCUUUGAUGAACCACAACUUGCCAGCUUAUGCCUGGAAAAUAUUGAUAAAAAUACUUCAGAUGCAAUCAAUGCAGAAGGUUUUACAGAUAUUGAUUUAGAUACGCUAAUGGCAGUGCUAGAACGAGAUACUCUUGGGAUUCGGGAAAUUCGGUUAUUUAAUGCUGUGGUUCGCUGGGCAGAAGCAGAAUGUCAACGACAGCAGCUUCAACUCACUCCUGAAAACAAACGUAAAGUUUUAGGGAAAGCGUUGUCACUGAUCCGGUUUCCACUAAUGACCAUCGAGGAGUUUGCAGCAGGACCUGCACAGUCAGGGAUUCUAACAGACCGAGAAGUUGUUAGUCUCUUCCUACAUUUUACAGUCAAUCCGAAGCCUCGAGUAGAAUUUAUAGACAGACCCCGCUGUUGCCUGAGGGGCAAAGAGUGUAGCAUCAAUCGUUUCCAACAGGUGGAAAGCCGCUGGGGCUACAGUGGUACAAGUGACCGAAUAAGGUUUACAGUGAAUAGGAGGAUAUUUGUGGUUGGGUUUGGCUUGUAUGGAUCAAUACAUGGGCCCACAGACUAUCAAGUGAAUAUACAGAUUAUCCAUACUGACAGUAACACAAUUUUGGGACAGAAUGACACUGGUUUUAGCUGUGAUGGAUCAUCCAACACUUUCAGGGUUAUGUUCAAGGAACCAGUGGAAAUUUUACCCAAUGUUAACUAUACUGCAUGUGCUACAUUGAAGGGGCCAGAUUCACAUUAUGGAACAAAAGGGCUUCGUAAAGUCAUCCAUGAAUCUCCGACAACGGGCACAAAAACAGUCUUCACUUUCUGUUAUGCUGCUGGAAAUAAUAAUGGAACAUCAGUAGAAGAUGGACAGGUUCCGGAGAUUAUCUUUUAUACGUAGUCAAGCUUGGUGAAACCUCAGAAGAGACCUUGGCUAAUCUGUCAAAUACAAACUGGUUGUAUGCUACUGUAUAUUUGAAAUGAAGAGUGAUGUGCCUACUGCUAGGCACAAGUUUUUGAAUAUUGUGCUUUAUUUUUAAAUGUUAUUGGCUGGCAAUGUAAAAAAAAAAAAAGAGCUUUUUCUUGUUUCUUUCCCCUCCACCCCCCCCCCCCAGCUCUGUAUUGUCGCAGAAUGUGGGAGUAUUGAUAUUGUGGUGCCAAUUCCCUAAGCAAAUAUUUUGCUUACUGAUGUGUGAAAAGCACUUAUGUAACCAGGGCUGUAGCAAAGCUGAGUAUUUAAGCCUUGAAGUUUCAGUUUAAACAACCAAAGCAUUAUUACAAUGAAGAAGGACCUUGAUGGUGGUAGUCAAGGCCAAGACUGCAUAAGAGGAGAGCUUCAAAUAAGUAUAUAACACGUUAUUCUGUAAAAACCUUGGAUUGGACCAGCAGCUUGUGAUACAAGGAACAAUAAUCAAGAGUUAAAAAAGGGAACGUGUUAACUUGUUAAUGUUUAAUGAAGUGAAUGAGUAAAUAAACAUGAGCAUGUUCAUCACUAAAUUGUAAGUUGAAAGCUGCAAUAUGUACAACCUAUUUUCAGUGAACCAGUUGUUAACAUUUGUAAUUGGUGUAUCCAAACAUUUCAAUAGGAAAUUAGUUCAGACUAUUAUCAUAAUUACCAUGUGUUUUGCCAGCAAUUUCUGGGGAAGUUACCUUAUUGACAACAUUUUGUAAUAUUGUAAUCAGUGGUAUAUUAUACAAUGAAAACAAAAAUAUUCACGUUGAGUAAAAUAUCACUGCAAAAUUUGCAUGGUCUUCCAAGUUAAAGGUGAUUUUGUAUUCUAGUUUAAUAAAUUGUCAGUCAAUAUCUGGAGUAUGAAAUAUAGGUCACCACCCACUCAACAUCAAAUUCUACCGUUAUGCUGCCAACUGUAGAAUGGAACACUGAAUUUCAUUGAAGAUACUAUUGAGUCUCCAGACCUGCAGCCUCCCUUAGUCUGCAUGAACAGUUGGAACUGGAACAGAAUUAUAAUAGUUGCAUAUCUGUGGACAGCAGGACAUAAACAGGACAGUUAGAAGUAGAAGAUGCCCUCUGAUUAGAAGGAAUAGCAGCAUAAAAGAUGCAGAUUCAGCAAAAUGAGCAGAAUCUAGGGUGCUGGGGCAAAUGUAACACAAACUAAGGAAAGUAAAUAAAGUAAAAUGGUUUAAAAUGAAGAUUCCAUUCCACCACUCAAAAAUUGAUGUAACUAACAGCCUCUUGUGCUAACUUAUUUCACGCUUUUUUCCAGAAACCCUGUACUGCAGUUCCCCUGGGCGCCUCUUUGCUGUUAUGCAUAGAUCUUGCAAUAAUUUACUUCAUUUCUCUCCCUCCUACAUCCACCCACCCGUUAAACCUGGGGUGAUUUGUAAAGGUCUGUUUUGUAGAAGAAUGUAAUUGUUAUGAACUGCUAUAUUGUGCAAAUUGUCAUGCAAUGUUUAACUUGGGUACUGCAUUGGUUUCAAAUUAUCACCAGGACAGCAUUUAUUUUAAUAAUGCAUAUAAUAUAUAUUCACACAAUUGAAAAGGAUAUUAAUUUCAUCACUGAAAGAAGCUCUGGCUCAUGUAUCUGUACUAGUGCUAACUGCACAUUGAACCCAUUCACUCCAAUCUUAUACCCCUUUGUACCUUUUAAACUACUGGAAUCAAACCACUGACCUGGUUCCAUUUUAGCAGCAAACCAACACAAACAUAUGUACCCAAACAGCCAUGCAAUGAAGAUGGUCUAUGUUUAUUUUCCAUUUUGUGUCCUAUCAACUGUGAAUCACAACGCAGUAAAAUAUUAUAACGUAUGCUAAAAGUUUGACCUCUUAGUGCUAGCAUAAUUGAAGUAACACAAUAAUAUCAAGGAUGCUCCCUAUUGCAUUGUAUUUAGAAGGACAGUGGAAUAGUUUGCAUGUUUUUUGUUUUUUAACUGCCUUGGUGCUCUCUUCAAGGGUGCAACUCUUAUGUACAUGUUGCUCUACAGCCACCAUUUGAUCUUAACGAAACUAGGUGUAGAAAGCUCCUUUUGUAGCUAAUGACAUUGUAAUUACAUUUUUAUUAUUAAUACAAAGUUGCACAUACAAGGCUAGAAAUCACAAAGGUGCUAAUUGGCCAUCCAUCUUGGUGUAAGACUGGUAGUUGUGGCUAUUUGAAAUUCAAUCCUUGCCUUGUAAAUAAGAUUUAGCAGUAUUUACUUUUAUCUUGCAAAUUUCAGGAAAACCAAUUUGGUGCCUAAGCCUGUGUAUAAAUUUUGGUUUUCCCACUGUUAUAAACCAGAUUUAAUCCCAAUGAGAUGAAUUGCUUUCGUUGUACAAGUUCUCUCCCCUCUCACCCUGUCUACUGCUUGGCCCCUAAUAAUUCUCACGAUUUGUAAUCCUCUCGACCACUUUCUCUUUACAACUACAAAAGUAUCUAGAGAAGUAGAAUUCAGGGACUUGCAAAAUGCCGAUUAAUUGCCAGUACUGUGAAAUGGCUAACAUACCAGCUUACUUUUAUUCUUGAAUUUGAUCACCCUGAAGGGUUCAAGUUUAUGAUUGGUUUAUAUUGAACAAUAGUAUGCUGUGCUACAUAAUGCAAUCUGCCAGACAGAGUUCACUUCAGUGCUGUGACUGUAGGCUUUUUAGGUUUAAUUUUAAAAUUGUUUUGAACCUAAAGAACUGUUAAAAUAUUUGUGUAUUUGUGAGGCAAUUUAUGUUGCAGCAAUAAAUUGUCCUAAGGUAGUUUAAUGCUGCUGAUGUACAAAAAUAAUUAAAAUAGCUGGAUUAGAGAAAGGUGUGUUAUGCUAAAAAUAGUAAGAUGUGAAUGUAGCAGUUUUUUUGUUUUCCCACUCCAUCAUUGUUGAAAGUCUAAAUCUUCUAAUUAUUUGAGACAACCUUUUAAAAGAUGGGAGACACAUCUAAAACUGGCAACUGAAAAAUCAGCUGAAUUCAAAAUAAGAGUCAAGUGUGUAGUCCUGCAUAACAGAAGGACAGCAUCUAAUCAAUUUUUUUAAUGGUACCUUUUUUACAAUUUCAGACAAUGACAUUUACAGUCGCUCAUAGUUGCUGAUCCAUUGGGCUAAUGAAUUUUCAGCCAUAAGGAAGUUCAUAUUAAGAAAUGUUCUUCUAAAAUGAUUAGUCGUUCCAAGUCUAUGACAAGGGAGCUGAAGAAAGCUGUUUUACACUUGCUCGAUGCUACCAAAACAGACAAGUAGCUAGGCUGACAAAGUCUGCUAGCGGCAAACGCAAAAAAAAUGCCUAAUUUUGAAGCUAGGAGGCACCUCUUGGUUGAUGCUGAUUUCUAAAGUGUCAUUGCUGUGCAAAUUUUUAAAAACUACAUGCACUUUUUAAUCUACUGGAAUCAGCACCAAGUUGAGCUUUGUAUAAUUGGAAAACUGGAAUAAGAACUUCACACCUGCAGUUAGCCAUCAAGGUGAUGCACUGAAACUUAAAGGCUUGUUGAACAGCAACUUUGUUGUGGCCCUUCCAUCAACCAGUACACAAGCCAUGGCAUUAAUUAAGAUAAUUUUUGCUUAUUUAGACUGUAUGAAUGUAUCGGUAAUUUUAUUUUAGAAACAGCCUGUUUGCAUUCACAAGCAAAUAUAUCAUGUAAAUUCAAAAGGAGUACUUUAGAAUCUUAGAUACUGUAUGAUGAAUGUAUAAUAUAAUCAGUAAACUUAUCCUAAAUGUAUUCUCACGUCAUAAGCUUUGAGAACCCAUUUUGUCAAGAUGUCUACAGUUCAGCAAGACUGCGGUGGAAGUGUAUGGUGUAGUAUUGUGUAUGAUCGCAUCAGUGUAGAAGUUCACAAACUCAGUAUACAGACAUCAAAAAGGCUUUGUAUUUGUAAGUUUUAAGAAGGAAAUUAAAAAUCUUGAAAAUAAGCUUUUGUUACAAACUGAAACACAUUGAGUAUCCAAACAUUCCUAAAAGAGAUAAAGUGACAAUAUAAUUCAGGCUAUAUAUACCCUGAAUGUGAAGCCUUAUAGUAUUGAAUCCAAAAAAAACGUCCUAAUUAAUUUUAAUGUCAAAGCAUUGUGGUCAACUUUACAGCACAAAGUUCUGACAAGCUCCUUGAUCUGUUUCAUUAUCCCAAUCUAGGAAAGACACUACAGUGGGGGUAUCUCUAUUUCGCUUGUUCGGGUGAUUUACAGCUCUCUGAAACUCUAGGUGAUGCUAUGAUUUCAAUGCACUCCAGACAUUUUCUGUAUGUCCUGUUUUCAGUGGAGUAUUUUGAGUUUUAAGGAGAAAUUUAACAAGUUAGUAAAUGCAGUAAUUUUUGUGGCCAUUUAGCAAUUUUAAAACUGAUAUUGCAUGGUCAUAAAAUGUAGUUACCCUAUAUUAAUAUGCACUUUACAAACCACUGUAGAACCAUGAGCUGAGAGAUCAUUGUUUCCAGCAGCACCAUGAGUUGGCCACGAGUGGUACUACAGUGCAGUCCUGGUAGACGGCAUAGCAACUUAGAACCACAGUGUAUUUUCUUUGACUCAUUUUUCGUGUCUAUAACUUCGACAGGUGCACAAAGUUCUUGGGAUGUACCAUAAUCUAAUUGCCUCUUGCAGGAGGUAGAGAAGAAGACCAUUUGGUCAGUGAAUGUUGGGAUUUUUGGGUAAGAAAUUGAAAGUUCAUUAUGGAUCUCCUCACUUGGCACUGGAAAUUCAACCCUGAGUGCAAUUGAGCAAACAGUUGUUUUGAAUAUAUGCACAUGGGUUGCAUUAAUGGCAUUAAGUGUGUAUAAGAGUGGCUUGUGUUUAAGGCCAUUUAUGAUACUAUUGAUUAUACCGGUUUGAGGUAAUAUAUAGAAUAAUAAAUUUGUAGGAGGGGGUUAGCCUAGUAAUUAUACCAUUCAGGGGUUCUGACUGAAGCUUGAAUGAUGCAUAUGUAUUAUCAGCCCCAGAGACUCUUGAUGCUUUUACUCCACUCCUAUCUAUUAUUUUUAUAAUUCGAUACAGUUUGAAUCUUAUUCAUGGAUUUGUAUGAAUUCCUGAAUUUAAAACUGCUUCAAAUCCUCAAGUGAUGUCAAUGUGUGCAUGUUAUAAGUAGGGAUGAUACCAUUAAAGGAAAAUCACUGGCAUACAAAUGUGGGUUAAUACAUCCUAACGUUGGUAUGAUAGUUGAAGUACAAGCUCAGAAAAAGUUGUGUUUCACAAAUCUACUUUGUUACAAAUAAAAGUUUUAAAAAAUCA